AUAAACAAGUCAUCUUCUCAUUAGCUACCGAUAUUAAUUACCUCCAAUUCUGUACCCAAAAAAAAAAGGGUGAUGAAACCAAAGAGCAAAGUUGCAGAAGCUGCAGCUGCAUCAUGUGUUCUUGUCAUCAUGAGCGUGUUAUGUACGUGCAUUAAUGGUGAUCAAAUGGAGACUAAUUACGAAGGGACGUUAUCUUAUAGUUACUACGAGAAGACUUGUCCCAAAGUCGAAGAGAUCGUGAGAUCUUCACUUUCAUCAAUGUUUAUUCUUGAUCCUACUUCUCCUGCAGCCUUGCUAAGGCUUAUGUUUCAUGACUGCCAAGUUCAGGGCUGUGACGCAUCGAUCCUACUCGAGCCAAGCGGGGACCAACAGUUCACGGAGAUUGAUUCAGUCAAGAACUUUGGAAUCAGAAAGAGAGACCUUAUUGGCUCAAUUAAAACCUCACUAGAGACGGAGUGUCCCAAGCAAGUCUCAUGCUCUGACGUAAUCAUCCUCGCCGCAAGAGAAGCCGUAGCUCUCUCGGGAGGCCCACUCAUCGCAGUGCCACUAGGAAGAAAAGACUCUCUCUCCACUCACAGCAAACACGUGGCAGACUCUGAGCUCCCUCCUUCCACUGCUGACGUGGACACCACCUUAAGUCUCUUUGCCGGCAAAGGCAUGACCGUCGAAGAGUCCGUGGCCAUCAUGGGUUCACAUACAAUAGGAGUGACACACUGCAACAACGUACUAUCACGUUUCGGUGAUAACGCAAACGCGACGAGCGAGAACAUGGAUCCACGUUUCCAAACGUUUCUUCGUGUUGCUUGUCCAGAGCUUUCUCCAACCUCACAAGCCGCGGAAGCCACAUUUGUUCCCAACGAUCAAACUGCGGUGGUCUUUGAUACAGCUUACUACGAUGAUGCCAUAGCUGGACGUGGCAAUCUCAGGAUUGAUUCGGAGAUUGGAGCUGACCCACGCACACGUCCGUUUGCUGAAGCGUUUGCGGCUGAUCAAGACCGCUUCUUCAACGCCUUCUCUUCAGCUUUUGUAAAACUGUCGUCUUACAAAGUGUUAACCGGGAAUGAAGGAAUAGUUAGGAGCGUGUGUGACAAAAUAGUUUGAUGUAUAUUAUAAUUAUCAAAUAUUAAAUGACAAAAUUAUUAUACAAUCUGUAACAAACUUUAAGAUGGUUUAAACUUUAAAGCA